AUGGGACUUAUUUCUCGCUUCAUCUUUGUCCUUGCACUCGGACUUCUGCGUGCUUUUGUUUCCAUGGCGGACCCUCUUCGGCCAAGUGAAGAUCCUUUCUACACGCCGAAAAAUGAUUCAUGGCCCCAAUUGCCUGCUGGAACCAUCCUGAACUCCCGUCAGGUGGAUAUUGCGUCGCUGCUUCCUGGCUUCUCGAGUCCCUCUACGGCAUUUCAAUUAUUGUAUGUCACCCGAGAUGUGCAUGAUCGACCAGCACAUACAGUGACGACGAUAAUUGUUCCACCGCGCCCAAACUUCGAGCGGAUCAUCUCUCUGCAGAUCGCCUACGACUCGCCUGAUGUUGACUGCUCCCCCUCAUUCGGCAUCCGGGAGGGUGUGACCGGUCCGGCUGCGAUGUGGAGCAGGAAUCAGCUAUACUACUUGCUUCCAUUUCUCCAGCAGGGCCCGGUUGUGAACGUUCCUGACUAUGAGGGCUCUAAUGCUGCGUUUACCGUGGGCCCGCAGGCUGCCUACCAGACUCUAGACUCGAUCCGUGCGGCGCUCAAGUCUGGUCAUAUAACCGGCGUCAAUUCGGAGGCGAAAACUGUUAUGUUCGGCUACUCCGGCGGAGGACAUGCUACAGAAUGGGCAUCUGAAUUCCACUCCAGUUACGCACCGGAGCUUAAUAUCGCGGGCGCUGCAAUUGGCGGUCCACCUCCGAACAUUACCGAGACCUAUUUGUCUGUAAACGGGGGCAAUAACUCAGCAUUAAACGCAUGGGCCGUGUUGGGUGUGAUGAAUGCCUAUCCCGAGCUGGAAGACUACAUUCACGAGCACCUUCUGCCCGAGCACAAAGACACCUUUCUGAGACCUCUUAAACGCUGCAGCGGCUUUCCAGAAGACUACCCGAUGCCGGGACUUAAUCUAACCGAUAUUUCGGCCUUCUUCGAUAAUCACGACAAUUUUCUGUACGAUUUUAAACACAUUCUGGAUAAAAUUGGUGUGAUGGGAAAGCAUGGGGUCCCUAAGUUUCCCCUAUAUAUAUACGCUGGUACCGCGGAUGAUAUAGCUACUCCGAUCGAAGAUACGAAUUCCUUGGUGGAAAGCUUCUGCAAGACCGGUGCCAAUGUACGGUAUCAUCGGUACUGGGGGCUCGGCCAUGCUGGGACCUUAGCAAUGGGAAUGGGGCCAGUCUGGACCUGGAUUUCGAAUGUCUUUCGCGGGACUGUGCUGCCAGGCUGUGGGAGGCCAAAUAAUCACGGAGUGGAAGAGGAUCUGCUGAGGGAGUAUCCAUUCUUGAGUCGGGGAGGCUCUCAGAUUCCCAUUUUUACAGAAGAGGAGCUGCAAUCUAGGAUGUUUUGA